AAUGAGGAGACAGGACGAGUGUACUCUAAAGUCUGACUAGCUGUCUAGUUUCACCAAAAUAUCUGAGAAACUCAGAUUCUGUGUUUCUUCAAUAAACUGUGAUACUUAACCGUGUUGAAAAUGAAUCCUUAACCUCGUAAAAAAAAAUCGGCCCGAAAAAUCUAAAUUUUGACCAUCAUGUCCGACGUUUGGAAUAUGAAACGAAAUGGGGACUUUGAUCGUUCGUCACGGCCGGGCUCCGGACGAUCUGAGAGUGGACAGGAAUUCCUCCGAACCUCGAACCAGACCUCAAUGUCGACCUCGUCCUCGUCCUACUCUCUGUCCCCCUCCUCCCCCAUGGAAAGCUUCCCAUCCAGACCUAGACAUAUGCAGCUUCCUUCUCCUGGUGGAGGACUGAUCCCUGAUCCUUUAACCUCUCCAGUUCAGAACAACAAGCGACAGGGUUUAAAAAUAAGUUUCUCUCAACCUAACCUCAGAAAGGCUGGACAGCUUAACCUCAAAUUCCCAGCUAAAGGGUACGAGGCACAACCGGAGAAGUUUCUUAUCUACAGCAAGGUUCAGUCGACCGGCAAGCUCAAGUUUGAGAAUGAGGAGUACAACUUCUGUGCCGAGGAUCUCAUGGAUUGCGGAGAGAUCGGGCGUGGGAACUUUGGUGCGGUCAACAAGAUGCUGUUCAGGAAGGCCGGUCGGGUCAUGGCCGUUAAAAGAAUUAGGUCUACGGUUGAUGAGCGGGAACAGAAGCAGCUUUUAAUGGAUCUGGAAGUUGUUAUGAACUCUAACGACUGUCCUUACAUAGUUCUUUUCUACGGAGCAAUAUUUAAGGAAGGAGAUUGUUGGAUCUGUAUGCAGUUGAUGGAGUGCUCCCUGGACAAGUUCUAUAAGUUUAUUUAUGAAGAAUUGUCAGAAUCUAUUCCCGAGACCUUUAUCGGGAAGGUGACCCUCGCCACGGUAAAAGCGUUGAACUAUCUGAAGGAGGAACUCAAGAUUAUUCAUCGGGACGUGAAACCAAGCAAUAUUCUCCUGGAUAAAACCGGAGCAAUCAAACUCUGCGAUUUCGGAAUAUCCGGUCAGUUGGUGGAUAGUAUUGCAAAGACUCGUGAUGCCGGUUGUCGGCCCUACAUGGCUCCUGAGCGAAUUGAUCCUACACGAGCUCGAGGUUACGAUGUCCGCUCCGACGUUUGGUCCCUUGGGAUAACACUGAUCGAGCUUGCUACCGGAAGAUUCCCCUACCCUAAGUGGAACUCUGUAUUUGAGCAGCUAACGCAGGUUGUUCAUGGAGACCCUCCCCAGCUCGGACAGCAUUCUAACGGGAAUAUGUUCACAAUCGAAUUCAUUAAUUUCGUUAAUCUUUGUCUCAUGAAGGAUGAGACUGUUCGGCCGAAGUACACAAAGCUCCUGGAGCAGCCGUUUAUACGACGGAGUGAAUCAGAGCAGGUGGACACGGCGGCGUACGUAAACUCUAUCCUGGAUAGGAUGCAGGGGAACCAACCUAGACCAGAGACUUUGCUCGGCAAAAUGGAAAUUUCGGAUAAAAACGGGUUCUAAAGUGUUCUAGACGCAAUCCUCAUUUUGAAGGCAUUUUGUUAAUCCUAAAAUAGGGAAACAGUCAAAUCCAUUCCCUGUCGUUCACACAGUAAUGUUCCUGCUUAAACUACUUCGAUUAUAUUAAUCAUGAGUUAAGAUUUUAACCGCGGAGAAACUAGUUUUACCUUUGACCCAACUCAGUUCCUUGAGACAAGUGUUCUUCUCUGUACGACUAGUUUCUUCUUCGCAUGAAAUAUAAACUCAGUUUUAAUUCAUCGGUGGUAUUCUUUAUACAUUCGUACAUAUUACCAACGCAUUUUCUGUUACAUUCAUAAUACAUCACCAAUGACCUACAUUCAAUGUUAUUCCUUACAGAGCUCAUAUUUAAUCAUUGUAUACAAUCUCAGGACUUCAAGAAAUGAUUCCAAAUUUUAGACUAGAUGAUUAUUACUCCAUUAUUCUUGUUAUGUAGCAAUGUCAAGACGCUCGCUCGCUUGUAAUCUUGUUAUGAGAAAGAGUUGUGCAUCGUUUUCUUACGUUUCAAGUUGAUCUUGGGUUUUGGCGCUGUUCACAAAAAUCUACGAAAAUUUUAUUUUCAAUUCCCUUUCGUUGCAACUCGAAUUUUCCGCUAACAAUCAAGAUAUUGCUCAGUGUAUUUUAAGUUAUGGAGAAAACAAUUAAAAAAUCUAUCGAACUUUUUAAAUUUUGUGAGAAUUCUCUAAAACCUAGAAACGUAUCAUAACGAUACUCAACUCUAUAAUUAAGUCUUGCCAGUACAUUCUUUAUAACUCUUUCUAUUCUUCCCUGUUCAGUAGAUAUUCCAGAUUAUGUGAUUUAUGUUCUAGAUAUUAUUAUACGAUCAUGAAUAAAGCAUUGUAUAGUA